AUGCAUUCAUUAACGAAAUUUAGAUCAAGAUUUUUGAUAAAACGACCGAUUUAUUAUUAUCCAUUAAGACAGUUUAGCACUUCUAAAGUAAUCCAAUUCAAUCCAAUUGUUGAUCAAUUUGUUCAGGAAUUAAAAGAAUACAAUGAUAAUCAAGAUGAGAAACAAAAGGGUAGAAAUAAUCAUGAUGGUGACAAGUCAAGAUAUGAAAAAGUUAAAAGUUUCUUUAUAAAGUGUUUAGAAACUAUUGGAAUUACAGUAUCAUCAGUUGGUAUCUUAAGUUUAGCUGGUUUUAUGUACCAUAGAUUCUAUAAUGUUCAUGUAUUACAAAAAAUGAAUCAAGCUUUUGAUAAAGGUGAUCCUGCUUCUCAAUUAUUAAUGCAUAAACGAACACAUGAUGAUACUAAAGAGAAUGAUAUGAAUAUUCAUUGGGUUGAAAGACCACAGCAAAAGUUGUUGGAUGAUAUAAUUUCUGGUGACAUAAUUGGAAGGUAUUUUUUAAUUAUAGGUGAAAAAGGAACUGGUAAAACUUCGUUAAUAUUAGAAUCAAUGAAAAAAGUUAAUGGGUUUAAUGUUACUAUAUUUGAUGCACACGCAGAUCCUGAAAUUUUUAGAAUUAGAUUAGGUAAAGCAUUAAAUUAUACAUUUAAUGAAGAUUAUAUUGGAUCAUUAUUUUCAAUAAAAGGUCCAAGAGAUACGACAGCUUUAUUAGAUAUAGAAAGAGCAUUUAGCAAGCUAGAAGAAUUAGCAAUUAAAAGAGUUCCGAGGACUAAAAAGCCAUUAAUUAUGAUUAUAAAUAAUGCUCAUUUGAUUAAGGAUAACGAAGAAGGUGUUAAAUUAUUAGAAUUAUUACAACAAAAAGCUGAGGCGAUGAGUGGCUCGGGUUUAUUGACGAUGAUAUUUAAUAGUGAUGAUUAUUGGGUGUAUGAAAAAUUAAAACAAUUAGGCACUAGAUUAGAAUUGAUUAAUGUUAAAGAUUUUGAUAGAAAAAGUGCAAUAUCCGCAUUAAAAUACAUUAGAAAAAGAUAUUUCCCUAAUGAUCCAUUAUUAGAUGAUAAAAUUUGCAAUAUGGUUUAUGAUUUGAUUUCUGGAAGACCGCAACAUAUACAACAAGUUGCAAGACAUUCAAAUAUAAUUAAAGCUUGCCAUGAAAUUAUAGAUCGAGAAAAAACAUGGUUUUUGAAUCAGUGUGGUCUUCUAGGUAUGGAUAUGGAUGAUGAUGUUAUGGAAAGUGGAAAAUUUUCAACAAGUGCAAUGUUAUUGAUGAAAGAAUUUGUUGAUAUGGACAGAAAUGAUAAAAAUAAUUUAUUGACAAAUAAUCAAGAUGGUAAUAGCCAUUCAGAUCAUAAAUUGUCUACAUUGCCUUUAUGGAGACUGAGACAGAUAAUGACGAGAGCAGAUUACAUUCAAAAAUACGAUAAUUUAAACAUUUUUACUAUUGAUAGUGAAUCUAGAGUAAGAGCUGAUUCAGUUCCAAUGAUGAGAGCUUUUCAUGAAAUUGCAUCUCAACCUCAUUUUGAUCAAUUAUUGAAUGAUACGAUAGAUAGAAUUGCUGAUAUUGAGUCUUUGGGUAGAACAAGAGAGAUUGUAAUGAAAGAUUUAACUUUGGGAAGUCAAUAUGUAAUACAGCCAAAUAAAAAUAAGACAACAUUUGAGAUUUUAAAAUCAGCAAAGGAAAAAGAUCUUCAUGGAGAUUUUGAUGUUUAUAUUAAUGAAAACGAUACUGACGGAAAUGAUGAAGAUGAAGAUGAGGACGAUUUAUAUUUAGAAGAAAUUAAUCGUAAGGAUUCGAGAAAAUGGUGGAAAAAGAGAAUGCAAAAAUAUGAUGAUUCAUUAUAUUUGAAAUUGAAUAAGAAUUACAAACAUUCACAAGAAGGAGAUUUAGAUCUAAAUAGGGAAAAUGAGAAAUAA